CCGGGCGUGACGUCACCACGCCGGCGGCCGCCAUUACAGAGAGCAGAGCUUUGGGGCUAGAGUGAGCGGAGGACGGCCGCGGCCGGUGGCCGAGUACGGAGGGGCGAGCCAGCGGGCCAGCGCUAGUGCCGAGCAACCGCCAGUACCCGCACAAGUACCCCGGGAACCGGCGGCGGCGUGUGUGUGUGGCCCGUGUGCGGGCGGCGGCGCGGGAGGAGCGCGGAGCGGCAGCCGUUUCGGGCGGGUGGCAUCAUGGACGAGAAGGUGUUCACCAAGGAGCUGGACCAGUGGGUCGAGCAGCUGAACGAGUGCAAGCAGCUCUCCGAGUCCCAGGUCAAGAGCCUCUGCGAGAAGGCUAAAGAAAUUCUGACAAAAGAAUCCAAUGUGCAAGAAGUUCGAUGUCCAGUCACUGUCUGCGGAGACGUGCAUGGGCAAUUUCAUGAUCUCAUGGAACUGUUUAGAAUUGGUGGCAAAUCACCAGAUACAAAUUACUUGUUUAUGGGAGAUUAUGUUGACAGAGGAUAUUACUCAGUUGAAACAGUUACUCUGCUUGUAGCUCUUAAGGUUCGUUACCGUGAACGCAUCACCAUUCUUCGAGGAAAUCAUGAGAGCAGACAGAUCACACAAGUAUAUGGUUUCUAUGAUGAGUGUUUACGGAAGUAUGGAAAUGCAAAUGUUUGGAAAUAUUUUACAGAUCUUUUUGACUAUCUUCCUCUCACUGCCUUGGUGGAUGGGCAGAUCUUCUGUCUACAUGGUGGCCUCUCACCAUCCAUAGAUACACUGGAUCACAUCAGAGCACUUGAUCGCCUACAAGAAGUUCCCCAUGAGGGUCCAAUGUGUGACUUGCUAUGGUCAGAUCCAGAUGACCGUGGAGGUUGGGGUAUAUCUCCUCGAGGAGCUGGUUACACCUUUGGGCAAGAUAUUUCUGAGACAUUUAAUCAUGCCAAUGGCCUCACGUUGGUGUCUAGAGCUCAUCAGCUGGUGAUGGAGGGAUAUAACUGGUGCCAUGACCGAAAUGUAGUAACGAUUUUCAGUGCUCCAAACUAUUGUUAUCGUUGCGGUAACCAAGCUGCAAUCAUGGAACUUGAUGAUACUCUAAAAUACUCUUUCUUGCAGUUUGACCCAGCACCUCGCAGAGGCGAGCCACAUGUUACUCGUCGUACCCCAGACUACUUCCUGUAACGAAAUUUUAAACUUGUACAGUAUUGCCAUGAACCAUAUAUUGACCUAACGGAAAUGGGAAGAGCAACAGUAACUCCACAAAGUGUCAGAGAAUAGUUAACAUUCAAAAAACUUGUUUUCACACGGACCAAAAAGAUGUGCCAUAUAAAAAUACAAAGCCUCUUGUCAUCAACAGCCAUGACCACUUUAGAAUGAACCAGUUCAUUGCAUGCUGAAGCGACAUUGUUGGUCAAGAAACCAGUUUCUGGCAUAGCGCUAUUUGUAGUUACUUUGCUUUCUCUGAGAGACUGCAGAUAAUAAGAUGUAAACAUUAACACCUCGUGAAUACAAUUUAACUUCCAUUUAGCUAUAGCUUUACUCAGCAUGACUGUAGAUAAGAAUAGCAGCAAACAAUCAUUGGAGCUUAAUGAACAUUUUUAAAAUUAAGUACCAAGGCCUCCCCUCUACUUGUGAGUUUUGAAAUCGUUUUGUUUAUUUUCAGGGAUACUGUUUAAUUUAAUUGUAUGAUUUGUCUGCACUCAGUUUUUUUCCCCUUCUCAAAUCUCAGCCUCAUGUUGUUCUUUGUUACUGUCAGAUCCUGGUGAGUUGUUUUGAACAGAACUGUUCUUUUUUCCUCCCUCCUGUAAGACGAUGUUACUGCACAAGAGCACUGCAGUGUUUUUCAUAAUAAACUUGUGAACUAAGAA